GUGCAUAAGUUCUUAAUGGCUUCUCUUGGCCAUCCUGCGCUGAUUGCACGUCACCGACCAUUUCCUGUCACACAUCGAGCCGCAGAGAGGUGGUUGCAUCACAUGCAACAAGCAUUGGAAAGCACCCCGGAUAUCGAUGCAGACUCGAAAAUUAGAAUGAUGAACUUCUUCAGGCACACAGCAUUCUUUCUUGUGGCUGGAGAUGAGCUCAAGAGUCCAAACCAACAACCCCUGUGUAAGCAUGGGACCAGCAACCAGCUGCCCAUGUAAAAACUUUUAGCAGGGUUUCCUUAAUCAGUUAAGAGAAACAACAAUAUACUAUUAUUCAUCAUCCUCUUGAUGUGAAAGGAAUUUCCUAAAUGCUUUCAUAUGGAUAAAUCUUAUAAUUAAGAUCCUUACAUAUUUAUAUUAC